UGAAGUGUAAACAGAUGAAAAAAAUAAAGAAAAUUAACGCCAACAAACAAUAAAUGAAUAUAGAAAAGAUAAACAAAAUAAAAUAAAGAGUAAGAUGAAAAUAAUAGUAGUAAAAGAUAAACAAAAACUUGCAUUGAAAUUUGGGGAUAACCCAACAUAAUCGAAUUUCCCUGAUACAACCAUGGCAAUCAGGAUUGGAAUAACAAAACCUCAACUGUUUCAUCAUUUCCGGUCAGCGGUCAAUCCCGCCGCCGGAAAUUAUAGAUUAACGGUGUUCAAAGCGUCAUCUUCUUUCUCAUCUUCGCCGGCAACGAGAAAACUCAUACUCUACUCAAAGCCCGGAUGCUGUUUGUGCGAUGGCCUCAAAGAGAAACUCGAUGCCGCUUUCUCUCUCUCCAGCCCCAAUUCAAUCGGCGAUAUCGAAUUGCAGGUGAGAGACAUUACGACUGAUCCGGAGUGGGAGAGGCUUUACCAAUACGAGAUACCGGUGUUGGCUAGAGUCCGAGAAGAUGGCGUGGAGGAGACGCUUCCUAGGUUAUCUCCUCGUCUUGGAGUCGAGCUCGUUCAGAAGAAGAUAGCAGCUGCAUUUGAUCGAUGAAGAGUGUAGAGCUACAAUUUCACAUAAUUUCUUGUAACCUGCACACUUUGAUUGUUGUAAUACGGUUUGGUGAUUUUUCAGUGUAGAGCAGAUUAAUUAAUUCUGAAUUUAAGAGAAUUGAGUUUCUGAAACGAUGACAUAAAUGUCUCAAACGUCACAUAUAACACUGGGCCUUCCUUUUGUAUACUAAAAAUAUUAAAUGUGUGAUUCUCUAAA